AUGGAUCUAGUGAUUGGUGAACCAUUGUACAUUCUAGGCAGAGAUUGUGGAUACUGUCAUGGGAAGAAAGACAAAAGUAAGAAAUCAUACAGUUUGCAGUCAUACGAGGAGGCUUACCGGGCGGGUGCAAGACCUUUUGAUGAGUAUCCCAACUCCAGCACUAUAUGCUGCCACGUCUAUUCGUGCACCCCAGAAAUUUAUGAAUUGAUGUUGAACCGAGGAUUCAGACGAUCAGGAAGCUUUCUAUACCGUCCAGACCUGCUCCGAAAUUGCUGCAGAUUGUACACAAUUAGAUCAAACUCAAAUCUUUUGAAAGUCAAUAAGGAACAUAGACACAACGUGAAUAGAUUUGUCAGAUUCAUUACAGGGCAGGAAGCCAGAAAUAAAAAUAAACCGUUUGAUCUGAAGACCGUAUUGCUUUCAGCAGAAACAAGAACAACGUCAUUCAGAACAAUAAUUGGCCCACCUAAUUUCCACCCUGAAAAGUAUGCACUGUACAAGAAAUACCAAACAACGAUACACAAUGAUGAUCCCUGUGAAGUUUCGCAAAAUGGGUUCAAGAGAUUUUUAUGCCAGUCCUUCUUUCCAGAGCAAUACUCGGACUCUCGCUCCCCAGAGUACUGGACAAAGCUGAAUCGCUGGCGGGAAUCUCUACUUACAGAAAUUGACGGCGAACAAGUGGAAGGUCCAGUUCAUGAAUGCUACUACAUUGAGGACAAGCUAGUGGCUAUAGCAGUCUUGGAUAUUUUGCCUAAUUCUGUGUCUUCUGUGUAUUUCAUCUGGGACCCAGACUAUGCUCAUCUGGGACUUGGCACACUUAGUGCUUUGCGGGAACUCGUUCUGACGGAACAGCUAGGAAAAGAGUAUUAUUAUUUAGGGUACUACGCCGAUGACUGCCACAAGAUGAAAUACAAAGCCAAGUUUGGGGGUGAAAUAUUGGAUCUGACUACUCUCACUUUCUACAGGAUUGAUGAGCUUAAGACAGUCACUGAUUGCAGUGGACUUAUCUCUUUGAGCGAGUCAGAGUCGGCAUCUUCAGAGCCAGCCGUCUCUCUAACGAUAAAGCGUAGCCCCGUUAAUCACAUGAUAAAUGUCGCAGAGAAUAUUUACGGGGUGCAGGGUGGGAGUUUCUCGGCCAGUAGAAAAGUGGCCCAAGAAAUUAGUGGAAUUCUCGGACUCAGUGAGUUUGGAGAUCAGACUGACGAGGAACUGUGGAAGCGAGCUGAAGGAUCAACCAUUUAUGCCCUGCCGCUUGUUUCACCUGGAUUGAUUCCUCUUUGGCAGAUUAGGGAUUGGGUGGCGAAUGGAGCCAUGCGUGACAUUUUUUCUUACUGCCUCGUUUUAGAUCACACGAAGUCGCAACAUGGCCAAUUGUUCGAUUUCUCAAAUAAGAAGUCUGCAGAUUUUAGGAAGUCAUUUAUCGAUCUUUUGCGCAUGUUCGGGGCGAAAUUGUUCGAGAAUGCUAAAAUCGUGUUGCUCGUGUGA